CUUUCAUUCAACCACCACCUUCUUGGUUAAGAGAUGGCAAUGUUUCCUGGCGCCCACAAUUUUGGAAUAUCCCAUUCAAACUCCAUUGUACGGGAAACUCACUAUCAUACAGAAGAUAUUCAGAUGGAAAUACAACCUCCAGGUUACAUCAGGGGCAUGACUAAUUGCCCCAGAUCUACACUGGCAUUCACAGGCAGAAAUGAGAUUUCAGAAUCCCUUGAAAAGUUCUUCCUCAAAACUACAUUUCCAACAAAGCAAAAGGUCUUCUUGUUGUAUGGCUUGGGAGGAGUAGGAAAAACUCAAACUGCUCUUGAGUUCAAGCAAAGAUUAUCCUUAAAGAAGAGACUUACUAAAAUCUAUUUUAGUAAGGCCAAUACUGAGCAAUCUAUACAAGCCAGUUACUUUGUCAUUGUUAUUGACAAUGGCAUUGUGCAAGCUCAAGACUGGCAUGCCGGAAUUCACUGGCUGCAUUCUAAUGAGGAAUCUUGGUUCAUUAUCAUGGAUAAUGCUGAUGAUCCUAAAAUCCAUUUAGCAAAGUACUUGCCUUCUUGUGGUCAUGGAAACAUUAUAAUUACCUCUAGAAAUCCUGAUCUACAGGAUGUAGCAGCACAGUCACUGGAGGUCCAGAAUAUGGUUCCAACUGAAGGAAUUCAACUACUUUCAGAGAAAGCAGUUGGUGGUCCUUUGACUGCAGACCAAGAGAAGAAGGUUGCUCAGAUUGCCAAAAAGCAACGAAAACGUCUUUCAACCUAUCUUGAAAGACUACAAAACCUGAGGAAACAAAUAUUGCAAAAGGAAAUACCACAGUCUUCGGAUGGAUAUCCUCUUUCCAUUUAUGCAACCUCGAAGCUUAGUUGGGAUGAGCUCGAUUCCUCGCCUAUUAUUUGAGAGGGCAAUGAAGAAUAUUGAUAUUGUAUACCUGCCUCUUGGACCAAGCAAGGCUGUUUAUGAAGAUAAAAUCAUAUUAGCAGAAUUAGCCACAUUAGAACACAUAUGGGAUCCCAACCAAUUUGAUGAAAUUAUUCAUCCACUAGUCCAACAGUGGCUCCAAGACAUUUUUUACAAAGACAAAAUUCAAGGAACUCAGGGGAUCAUAGC